UCUACGCGUGCAGACCAUGGCGAUGUACAGCUCUAUGUGACAGGUUAGCUUCAGAAAAACACCUCCGGACAGACGCGUCUGCGCACUGCACUCUGCUGCCAGCAACGGCUGGGCGACAAAUAAGGAUGGGGUCCCGAAUCAAGGAGAGCCCUGAGUCCACAUUUGAGAUUUAUCUUGAAGUAGCCCAUCCAGGAACGCAAGGCUCUGGGCCGGAGGUGCGAAGGCGAUACCCAGAAGACUACACCGACCAGGAAACUCUUCAGACUGUGCCCAAGUUCUGCUUUCCAUUCAACAUGGACAGUCUGACAGUCAACCAGGUCGGCCAGAACUUCACAUUUGUGUUGACUGACAUUGAAAGCAAACAGAGGUUCGGUUUUUGCCGUCUGUCCUCGGGUGCUCACACCUGCUACUGUAUCCUCAGUUACCUGCCCUGGUUUGAGGUCUUCUACAAGCUGCUUAACAUCCUCGCAGAUUACACUAUCAAAAGCCAGGAAAGCCAAUUACAAGAGCUCCUGGUGUCACUAUAUACACUCCCCAUCCCCGAGCCUGGUGUUCCCGUUCAUCUGGGAAUGCAUUCCUUCUUCACUGUGCCUGACAUAAGGGAACUCCCCAGUAUACCUGAGAAUAGAAACCUAACAGAGUACUUUGUAGCAGUAGAUGUGAAUAACAUGCUCCAUCUGUAUGCUAGUAUGCUUUACGAACGCCGAAUCCUCAUCUGCUGUAGCAAACUAAGCACUUUAACAGCGUGUGUCCAUGGGUCUGCAGCCAUGUUAUAUCCAAUGCACUGGCAACAUGUUUACAUUCCCGUCCUGCCUCAACAUCUGUUAGACUACUGCUGUGCCCCAAUGCCCUACCUCAUCGGAGUACAUUCCAGCUUGAUGGAGAAAGUUCGAGGGAUGGCUCUAGAUGAUGUAGUGGUCUUGAAUGUGGACACUAACACUCUGGAAACCCCAUAUGAUGACCUCCAAAGCCUCCCCAAUGAUGUGGUUUCAUCUUUAAAGAGUCGUUUAAGGAAGGUUUCAACAACAACAGGAGAUGGUGUGGCCAGAGCCUUCCUCAAGAGUCAGGCUAUUCUGUUUGGCAGUUACAGAAACGCUCUGCAGAUCGAGUCGGGGGAGCCAAUAACCUUCAAUGAAGAAGUCUUUGUGAACCAUCGAUCGAGUGCGAUGAGACAGUUCCUCCAGAACGCCAUCCAGCUGCAGUUCUUCAAACAGUUCAUCGAUGGCCGCUUAGAUCUGUUAAACUCAGGAGAAGGUUUCAGUGACAUCUUUGAGGAGGAGAUCAACAUGGGGGAAUAUGCAGGAAGUGACAAGACCUACCAUCAGUGGCUUUUCACUGUAAAGAAAGGAGGCGGGGCAAUCUUCAACACAGUAAAGACCAAAGCCAACCCAGCUAUGAAGACUGUAUACAAAUUUGCGAAGGAUCAUGCUAAGAUGGGCAUCAAGGAGGUCAAGAGCAGACUAAAGCAGAAGCCCCGCCGUGCCGCAUCCCUCCCCGUCCCUCUGCUGUGCCAUCACUCCUUUCGCCCGUAUCAAGCUCCACCUCCCUGUGCCCCCCCUCUGCAGGAACAGGCGGAGAACGGCUUCUCCACCGGCUCCACAGUCAUCGACAGCGACAACACCUCUGGGUUUCCCGCCUCCACCAGUGCGGUCAGGAGGGAGGGGCCUCUGAGAACCUGGGAUGACCAUCGGCCAAUCACUGUGCACUUUGGACAGGCUCGACCACCAACGUUACUGAAGAGGCCAAGCAGCAACGUGAGCCUGGAAAGCAGCGUUGACCACUCUCUGCGUCCUACUCGUCACUACACAGUCUUUCUUUCUGAGGAUUCGUCUGGAGAUGAGCUCCAGUACGACGAGGACUCUGUCUCUGGGUUUCCUGACAGCUUUCUCUUCUCCGUCCCCUUUGAGUGGUCGCCUUUACCACAGCCGUACCGCUCCCUCAAGGAGGUGGAGUUAAUAGAAGGGGAUGAUCCUGGUUUUGGAGCAGAACGUCACACUGCCCCGCCCAGCCCAGUUAAUGAGAAGUUCUCCAACGUCAACCUUCUGGGUGAUAUAUUUGGGUGCCAGGAUGAACCCGACAGCCAACCCAUUACACUGGCUAAAAGUCUAGAGGAUCUGAGGACUCCCAAAGAAUCUGAUGACCUUCAACCAAAGUUCACUUAUCAGCGGAUGGAUCUGAGUGAACAUUCACGGACGCUUCCUGGUCUCAAACUCUCCAACCCUUACAACAAACUGUGGAGUAUCGGGCAGGAUGACACAGCCUUGCCCAUUUGUGUGCCUCCUCCCAGGGACAGGCCUCCAUCUGUCCAACUCCCCACACAGCAAGAAGCCCCGUCCCCAAGUCAUGAAAUCCUCAGCAUAGCCCAGGACCCCCUGGAUCCCUCCAACCCUUCCAACAUCACCAUUCCACGUCCUCAUGGAAGAAAGACACCUGAGCUGGGCAUGGUACUAGCACCCCCAGUGGCUCAGCCUCGCUCAAAAGCUGAAGGAAGGACUACACCCGGGGGACAAGAAUUUAGGCAAGCCCUGAGCAUGACCUCAGAUGUAGACCUGCUGAAGCCCACCAAGACUGCAGAGGACAGUAUAGAUCUGAUCAGCCUUCUGGACCCUCUUAAUAGCACAGUGCAGGCCAGUUCCAGGGACAGGGGAGAUAGUGUUCCAAAGCUGCCACCGAGGCCGUACCCCCAGGGUUUACCCCCUUUCCCACUGCAGCCUCAUGUAUCCCUGAAUCCCUUUGCCCAGUCCCUGCAGCAUACCUCCCCUCAAAUGCACUACUCAGCCCCCAUCGGUGGAAAUCCCUUCAGUGCGGUCUACGCGCCUCCACCAGGCUCUUACUCACACACUCCACCCCAGCCCCAGCCUUUUUCUACACUACCAAGUCUCUACAGACAGCCUUCACCAGGCAGUUCAGCUCUGCCCCCCAGCUUUGGACUGCUCCAGUCAGCCUUUCCCCCCUCGGUCACCUCCCUGCCUCAGUCCUCCACCAGCAAUCACGCUUUGUCCAGUCUGGUGGACUCGAUGUCUGAACCCAGCGCGGUCCCGAACACACUGGCAAAGCCACUUUUAGGAGCUGAGGGAGACAGUCAGAAGACUCAGGAUCCUUUUGGGGACCUGCUGACUAUGGCCAAACCAGCCACACCCCAAAAAAAGAAGGUGGAGGACCUUCGGAGGAGGUGGGAGACAUUUGACUGAAACCUGUGAAUAUGCACUGAAGUGUCCCAUCUCAACCAAAUAGUUCCUCGCUGCUUUAUCAGGACGUUGUGUCUCAAAUAAUGGUGCAGUAAUUCCUAGAAAAAACAUUAAUUUUCAUAGGCCUUUUUAAAAAUCAUGCCCAGAAAUAAGAUAUUAAAGUAACAUUGUGCAUCAGCUCCAUAUUUUUACACAAAACAGCACAGCUAUAGAAUAUCUGUUCAAUUGCUCAUAUUCGCAUUAGCAGAGAAGGUCUAAUUACUCCACCUUUUGACAAAAAUAUCUUGAGUGAAUUAAUAGAGUAAUAUGGCCAAAUAAUAGACAAUAAACCAAAGAAAAAAGACAUGUUUGACAGUUGGUCCAGUCUUCCUGUUCUGUUUUCUUGCUGAACCACAAAAGGAAACUGUUAAUCAUAAGACUAAAUUGGCUUCAGUCUGUUCAACUUUCUUUAAGGAACUUGAUCAUUUUGCACAAUACAUCUAAUAAUGCAACCACUGUGAAUAUUUAGGAUCACCCAUUUAAAUGAACAUUUUGUUGUUAAGAAUUCAAUUUAAUCAUGACUUAAAGUAAAAACAAAUGCCUUAAAGUUGUCCUUGUCGGUUCAACCCUCCUUAAAACACAGAAAUAACUGGGAUAAAGGUAGUGGAUUUACAUAACUCAUAAACACCACCUAUUUGACCAUAUUUGGACAAGUGGGCAGAAGUAGAGAAGCACAGGAAACUUACUAAGCUAGCACUACCGCUAUGUUACUGAAAACUAAACUAUACUGCUAGCUAGGAUAAGUUAUGUUAAACGCCACCAAGCAAUUUUAGAUGAUUAAUAAUACUUGAUAAUGUUGAUGCAUACAUUUGUAUUAGUUAAAAGUAAUGUCAUGUUUGCGUGAUGUGUAGAUUUACUAAUUAUCGCUAUGAUUUAGCUGGCUAGCUCCCAGACCAUAUAAUCCAAUAUGAAUCAAUGCUCAAAUUAGCUAAAGUAGCUAUGUUAUGCUAACAGGUAAUACAGAACUUCCUGUUGGUUUUGUUAUAUUUUAAUUGGUGCCAAGAAGCUUCUCAAGGAGUGUUUGUUAAAUUAAUAUUAUUUAUUUCAAGUAUCAUAAUUCAUAGUUUUCACCACUUGUAAUCACAGGCUCAAUCAUCAAAGAUUUAACUCUUGUCCAAAAUUAACUAUGUAUUAAAAUGUUGUGUUUAUAAUAUGAAUCAAUCAAGGGAAACAUUUUGUCUUCUGUUACUGAACUAUUUGUUACUUUUGUUCCAUAUAUUUUCUAUAAAUGUAACAAAAAAAAAAAAAAAGCAGUACAGGUGUUGUGUCAUUAUAUGUGACAGAAGGUCCUGAUCCAACAGGGAGGAUCAGGUUGUGACUCGCACAUGCACACACCACCGCUUUCUGAUUUAAUGGAUCAAAUGGAGUGUCUGGACUAAUUCAGCAAUGUCUGAACUUGUAUGUUCUCCUGUCUUGGUUGGAAUAUUUUGUGUUUUUGUUUUUUUUUUCCCCCCACCAUUUUUCCCAGGAAAUCAGUCAAAACUGGCCUUGCUUCAGGACGUUCAGAUGCCAACAGUUCUCCGCCCAUUUGCCACUCACUAACAAACUGCUACAACACUUUUUGCACAUGUUCUUGUAUUAUCUGUCUUUACCGCCACCACAGUAGCGUAGUGCUCAGUAUAGAUUUGUGACCUUAAAAAUAGCACGCAGUAUUCCCCGCCAGAGGAUAUACACUACAUCACACUGGCAGCAGCAGCAUUAUGUCUUAAUGAUGUCAACUUUUACGAUUAGCUUGUAUUAUUACUGGUAGCUAGUCUGCUAUAGUUGAUGAACAACCUAAUGGCAUUAUGGUACUGUAGCUACAAAGUGUGGUGCAUCUCAAUCAUGCAGUUAACUCACCUGUUGAUGUUUUUGGUAGCUUCAUGCAAAGUGCUGUUGUUUUGUUUGGCCUUUAUGAUGAAUCCCAUUCUCAGUGUCUCACUGAUUUGUGAAUAUGUGUUGCUUCCUCUGUUAUUAAUAUUAUUAAUUUGUUUUUAUAUAUAUAUAUAUGUAAACGUAUGUAUAUGACAAAACAUUUAAAGAAAAUCUCACACUGGACUGUAACGUCCCUGAAAUGAUUUUAAACAUUUCUGUCUGAUUAAAUAUAUACAUGGGGACUUGGAAA